CAACGGGAAGUUAGUUGAAAUCAGUCACGAAAUCCGGGUCGCGCUGGGUGUGAAGUGCACCGCGUCGUGCUAAAGUGAAGACAUCAGUAAAGCUCCGCCAUAGUAGUGGCAUCUCUUCCGAAAUAAAGAAAAAAAAAUCAUUCGUUGCAAGUUUAGAAUGUGAUGCGUUUGAUUGGCGUGGUCGAGCCAAAAAAGCAAGGGGUUUUAGCCGACCAAAGUACGGAAGACCAAUUGAAGAGGAUCAUGAUGAUGAUGAUGAUGAUGAUGAUGUUCUCCCUUUACUAGAGUGGCAAGUGUUGAAGUGUUGUGUUUUCUUUCUUCCCGUACCUUCCAAAUUAUGCCAAUCGCGUAAAGUCUUCUCGAAAAAAAAACCUUCCCGAAAAUGUGUGUCACACAUCAAUCAAAUUAAUAUCUUGGGAGCUAAAGUUUAUCAGUGUCCUAAAUAUCAAAAAAAAAGUAAAUCCAUUACAGUUUGUGCGAAAAAUCCCUCCCAAAGUGGGGUAGAGACGGUGGAAUUGAUUUUCCUCCUGCGCUGCAGUAAAGACGUGCUAGAGAAGCUAAGGCAUAUCCUUUGCCACGAGAGGACCCAAACGGAGCGGUGCAUACAAAUCUCGCUAGAGUAAAAGAGAGAGAGAGAGAGAGAUAGAGACACGGGUUUUUUUUUGUGUCAGGCUUCUCAUUAUCCAGGAAAAAGGAUAUGCUGUAAAGUGUUUCCUGUGUGCUGUUCUUCCCCCACCCCGUGUUCUCCCAGUACACAACAUCUUGGGACCUUUGUGUUGUGAUGCGAGCCUCGGGCGUACAGACUGAACGGUACAAUGGAAUGUAAUGUUUAAACCCCAGGACGCUCCCCAGACGUGUGUAUGUGUUUGUGUGUUGCGUGUUUCUGUACAAUAGUGCGACACUAUAAAUAGUGGCCCGGAAAGCGCGAUAAAAAGUCUCCACGAAGCCGCGAUUCUGAGGGACGCCAUAAUAACGAUAAGCGUAAACUUCCAAGGUUUGUGUGAGUGAGUGUAUGCGUGUGAAGGAUUAUUUAUGUGACCGAAGCCUCCCCGACUCGACCGGAAGUGGGUGUAGGAAAAGUAAAAAAAAGAGAGCCCGUUCGAGUGUUGAUCGUGUUCACCGGAUGUUUAUUCUUGACGUCUUCUGCUCCACUGUGGGAUAUAUCUGGCAGCGUGAAACAAACAGCCGUGAUUAAACGCUAAUAAUCUAGCAGCACCGGAAACAGUGCACGACGCCGCCCUUCGUAAAUUCCUCGCAGUGCUGAAUUGCACUUUUGCUGCAUAUCUGAACACAACUCGCCAGGAAUGUGUUGCGUAUGCACAACCCGAUAGGAGCAAAAAAAAAAGAAAGGAAACCAAACACAACAACACAGAAACAACAGGGAAGCCCGAAAUAAAAACAAAACAACGCACCACUAAUCCACCCUCUCCUAGCGAUCUGGGUCUAUGUGUGUGUGUGUCGUCUAGGCAAGCGCGUUUUCUCGCGAGAAUUGGUUUCGCCGUGGCGUGUAAGCGGUAUGGUUCAGUGCGCCGAAUCGACCAAGUGCAGCCAUUGAUGCCGGAGCAGCAACGCAAAUAAAGCAUCAACAGCAGCAGCAGCAAAAGCACCGAAAACGUUUGGCGAGUGCGUUUAGCCGCCGCUCAUCAUCCAUCGAUUUUUGGAUUCUCUCCCACUGAAAAAGGGUGGAAACAAGCAGCCUUCUUCUGGCUGGCCGUUUGCGAGGGUAGUUUCGAGAGCGAGCGAGAGAGAGAGAGCGAGCGUGCAAGUGUUUGUGUUGUUGUGUGGUGAAGCAACCCACCCUUCGCCAACACACAACAGUCCGAAGAACGCACGUUACGAUUCGACGCAACCUUCGCGAGCUCGUAAAGUUCUGGCCAGAGUUAGUUCGACACUUGCGUGCAGCGGCAUCGAAAUACUACACGAAGUCGAAGUUGGUGUCCGAGUGACUACAACAACUGCGUAGUUUGAUUGCAGCCGGCGAAACAGGCACAUCCGUACCAGUGUGUAUAGGUGCCUUCAAACAUCAACGGAUCCGCCAGUCGGCGAAAUAUCAUCACAGCAGAGGAGGGGGGGUGUGUCACAUCUUCCGCGAAGGGUGUGUGCGCGAGCAGACUUGAUUAAAGUCAAUUGUGGUGACCAGAUAUAAUACUACUGUGAACAGCAGCAGCAGCAGCAACAAGUAGGCGAACGUCUGCGAAAGGUCUGGUCGCCGAUAGAAUUGCGUCUGUCGGCGACUGAGCUCUAGUGAUCGGUGCCUGUGUCGUAACGGAAUUGGAAUAUUAACCAGAGAACCUGGUUCUAGAGACCGAGAGUAGGUCCGACUACCUGCUAGAAUCGAAAACCCCCUUCAGUGUCGAUUGUGUUCUGUGAGGAAUUGAACAAGAUCUCCUGCAGCCGCAAGUGAUCACCAAGCAAAAAUCCGAAAAUCUUGAAGAUUUCUCGUGCUCUGUAGCGUGCCAAAGAGGAUACUGUAGCAUCAACCACACACACCGUCGCAGCGAUCCUCGUCUGUUAACCGAUCGUUCCUGCACAUCGCCAACGCAUCCACGUGUCCUGCGGCUUCCACGUUCGUGUGUGCACGAUCGUAAGGGCAGGGUAGUGCAUUAAAUCUGGGGCAACGUAGGCGGUUCCCAUGCUGAACUACCGCCUCGUGUCAACGCACUUCCUGAAGCAGCCAUAGAUUUCGCGGCCCAUCACCGCACCGGCACCGGCGGGGACCCCCAGCAAGGUCGUAAAAAUGUGCAGAGAUCGGGAUAUGCCACUUCGAUGAACUCGAGCCUCGAAACAGCCUCAACCAGUUGUUGUACUCUAUUGUGUCACCACCGCCGUACGUCGCCGUCUGCAGUACUUGUUCGUUUCAAAACCCGUGAAGAAGUGUCGCGUGUGAUAGAGGAAUAUAGUGCAUUACAGAGAGAGAGCGAGCGAGAGAGAGCACUAGUGUGUGUGUGUGUGCGUGCGUGCGUGUGAGAGUGUGUGUGUGCGUGCGAGAGGAGCGAGAGUAGGUGGAGAGGGGUGAAACGAAGCGCUACUACAGCACCGCAUUAGUGUACUACGUUAAGCUUCAUACACUACUACUUCCUUUUACUACUACUGCUGUGUACACGGCUGCGCCAUACAUUGCUUCCUCACACAACCACACAUACGUGCGGCGCUUACCGGCUAGUGCGCUGGUGUGCGCGUGUCUCUGUGGGGUAGUCGAGCGGCGAGCAGCGAUCCUUCGAUAGCGACAUCAUCAUCCCGGUCCUAGUAGCUUGAUGUCAUCGGAGGAAUUCACAUCCUGCACGGCCGACCUGCAUCUCUCCAAGCGUCCCGACGAAGCAACGUUGAGAGGAUCGAUCUGUUCGUGAAGAUCUAGAUCAGUAGUGGCUGGUCGACACCAACCAUCACGCGGCAUAUCGUGCUGGGUGCUUUAAACGCGCGUGUGUUCAGUUUAAUUAGAUCGCAAGUGUUCCUUACAUUUUUGUUUCUUUGGCGCUGACCGUGCAACCCGGACGAACCAUCUGGACCAAGCCCAACGUCCUAACGAGCCCGGAAGCAUCAGCAGCAGCGACUACCAACCGCUGUCGCUGUUUGUGGCCACCGUUAAGCCGCGAAGAUUCCACCCAAAAUUGAAGCAUUUGCCAAAAACUGCUGGGAAACUGUAACCGCUUGCGUGUGCGGCAUGCGUCGCCCAUCACUGGGACAGAAUGAAGACGACCUUAGUCGUCUGACAACGAUUAUCUCCCCGACCAGUAUCAGCCUUUCAUCGAACGGUCAGUCUGACCCGGUGGUGGUAGUCGAUCGUCACGAUGUCAUUAGCUGCGGUCGAGCAAAAGCGAACGGCAGCAGUAGCAGUAGCAGUAGCAGCAGCAGCAGCAGUAGCAGCAGCACUAGCAUCAGCAAUGGCGCCGGCAACACGAUCAGCAGCAGCAGCAACUGCCCUGCAAGCAACAACAGUGUCGGCGGGCUUGCCAGUGUUGAUGGUAGCAGCACAGCUAGCCGCAAAGGGAGCAACAAGAGCAACAACAGCAGCAGCAGCAGCAGCCACAGCAUCAACAGCACCAGCAGCAGCAUUGAGGAUGGCGUGAAUGUGCUCGGUGGCAAUAAUAGCAUCAGUAGCAGCGAUGACGUCGAUAUUGGUGAUGGUGGGGACGAGCGGCAGUGCACGCUACCGCCACCGCCACCGACGGUUCUGGUCAACCAGUAUCUGCCGAACCUGAUCAACUCGUCCGAGUGGCAGAACUGUCGCAAGCGCAAGGAGCGUCAGGAUAGUACCUCCUCGAUCAGCCAGGACCGGAAGCUUAUCCGCUCGAACAGCGAGGAACAUCUGCCGAACUGUCAGGAGGUUAUCCGGCGAGUGUCGUCACACGAAGACUUCAAAAAGCGAACGCCGGGCGUAGUGUCGGUGGAGAUUUCUAUCGACAAAGAAAACAUAAUCGCCGAGGAAACGAUCGACGGUGAGAUCGAUGAGCGGGGUGAGCAGCAGCAGCAGCAGCAGCAGGUGUUUGAGAAGAACCUGAAGAACAGUGCAGAUGAUUUGAAGAAAUUUUUCAUCGGAAGUGUCGAAAGUGUUGGCAAUGGUGGCAAGGAGCAUCACCACCAGCAUGCCCAUCACCAUCAUCACCACCAUCACCAUCAUCAUGGCAACCAUCUGUACCACCAUCUGGGCGGACAUCAUCAUCUGCACCAUUCCGGGAGCAAAUCGCAGCAGUCCCAUCAUCGUCUAUCGCCGUGCGGCGAUAUUCUCAAGUCCCGGCGGGACUCGGACAGUGAGCAGGAUGGAGAGCACGAACGGCGACGGCACUGUGAACGGUUCUCGAAGACACGUCCACCGCCCGGUCGCAAGUCGGUAUCGCCACGUGCCCGUAACAGCUCGAAGCACUCGAAGCUUGCUGUGAAGGCGGCCACCGUUGGUGGAUCGGUGCUGCUCUCGGGAAAUGAUCAUUUCUACUCCAAACACGAUACACACCCGAGCGGUGGUGGAAAAUCGGAACGGCGAGUACGAUCGUCCAGUAAGCAUCGAGAGCAGCAGCAGCAGCAUCAUCAUGCCACACUGCUGGACGAUAAUAUGAUGGAUGAUGGGGCGAUUCCCCUGUCAGAUUAUAACGACAACAACGUGCUGGAGAAGAACCACGCCGUGGAGGAAGUGUCCAAGCUGAUCGACGACGAAGAGACGGAACCACUGCAACAGGCGGGAGAGGAAGAGCAGGAAGUACCACUUUCUCCGCGCGAAAAGCUACCCUGGGGCCAAUCCUAUCCGGACGAUACACCGGCACUGGUCUGUCAGCGCUUUGCCGACGAUAAGUUUGAUCACGCGAAGCGUAUGGAUUCGGUAUCGCACGCCAAACUGCGCCCGGUCGCUUCCGGCAGCUCGCUGAAGCUGUACGGUGCGCAUCAUCGAAGUGCCGAAAAUGCACCCACCGCCACCAUGCAUCACCAUCAUCACCAGAAGGCGGGUUCGUCGGUACCUUCUGCUGCCGCCAACAACAUGUUCGACGAGCGUAUAAAAACGAUCAACCGGAAGCUCGGUGCGUUGAAGAAGAAGCUGACGCAGUUCGAGGAUCGGUUCGAGCUGGAGAACGGAUGUCGGCCAACGCACGGUGACAAAUCGGCCGAUCCAGCGACGAAAAGUGUGCUGGUUGAGAUACACAAGCUGCGCAAGGAGAAGAACCAGAUCAAGGCAGAUUUGGCCGUAUUUGCGGCGAAAGUAUCGGCACACGGUGGUGCGAUGGUCGGUGGUCAGAAACAGCCGGCCGGUGGAAAUAUGGAGGAUGAUACAGCGGAAGAGAAACGAUUGGCCAAGAUGAAGGAUACGAUUGCGGACAUUGAAAAGCGCCUCACGGAGAAACGCGACACGGAUCAACGGAGCGAAAAUUUGGAGAUGCUGUCAAGCGAGCAGCUGACGGAGGAGAAAGCCUCCGUCCAGCGUGCCCUGCUGUACCUCGAGUCCAUGUACGGUCGACCGGCGAGCCGCGAGGAGCGUGACGCGGCCCGACCCCUGUACGACCGGUACCGGCUAAUCAAACGGCUGGUGAACCGUGCCAACUCGAUCAGCGGCCCGUGCGGUGUGGCCAACUCGCAGAUGCCAACCAUACUCGAGCACGAGGCGCUCGCGAUCGUCGGCACAACGACACCGUCCACCGAUAUCUCACCCCCGUCGGCCACCUCCAUGAUCCAAUCACCCACGGACACAACGACCGCCAGCAGCACCACCACCACCACCGGUCAGCUGUCGGCGGAUGAUUCGGAAGGUAACAACACCGGCGGCACCGCAACGACCGCCAACACGACCAGCAGUUCGGCGACGGAAAACAUCCACUCGAUGACGGCGGACGAACUGUGGCAGCAUUACGAUGCGACGCGCGAGGAAAAGAAGGAACUGCGCCGCACGAUCAAGGACUUUGAGCAGCAGUUCGAGGAGACGACCGGCCGGAAGAUGCUCAAGUCGGAUCGGAAAUCGAUCGAGGAUACGUACGCUCUCUACAAGCAGAAGAAGGCCAAACUGCGGCUAAUCGAUGCGCUCUUCAAGAAGCAAAUGCAUGCCUAAAAUGGUGCACACCAGCAGCGGGCCGAGGGAUUGAACAGAUAUUGUAUUAUGUUAAUCUUUUUUGGUAGGUUAAAUAUGAGAACGAGCAAAGACACACGGUAAUAGGGGAAGGAUCCGGUAACCCUAGGUUGUCGCAAUAGUAAGGUUUAUGGAAAAUUGUUACUCUUCUGGCGUUCGUAACGACUUUCGCACAUCGACAGGCAGGCAGAUCAAGCAAGCAGGAGUGAUCCUUGACGAUGGAAUUCAAAUAACGAAUCUUUUGCAUAAUGAUGAUUUAAUAGUGUUUUUUUAGUUUUUUGUUAAAUUUGUUAUGCUUUUUUAUAUUUUUUCAUGCUGCUUAUUCUUCUGUUUUCUUUCUCAAAAACAAAUGGUUUAUGGUGCUCCUUGCUUGAGCGAUAUCAAAGAACGCGGGCGAUGAAAUUGAGCAUCAAAGUUGGCAUUGAAAAUGCGUAGACAUACGAGGAAAGAUACUUUCUAAACACGAUUCUAAAGAACCACGCGAGUGUGUGUGUGUGUGUGGGCCAUAUUAAUGUUUCUUGCGUUUUUUUAUUCUAUGUUAAAAAUAGUUUUUUUUUUGUUCGUUUAUUAUUUCUGUUCCAUUUGCGUUGUUUCACGUGGUGUCUAUUUAACUGUUAACGGAAAACUAUUAAGAAAGAAGACUAUUGCAUUGUUUUAAGUAUUUUUACACCCGUAGGAGAUUCUAAGAAGAAGGAGUACACACACCGUUUAGUAGUGGUAGUAGUAGCAGUAGGUAGUAAGUACUAGUAACACACGUGAAUUUGAGAGUGUGAGUGGCAGUGUGUUUGUGUGUGUGUGUGCGCGUGCGUGAGUGGCAGUGUGAACGAAUGCGAAACAACACAGACUUGGCACGGGGGUUUUUUUUGAGCGGCCAAACAGAAGAUAAAGAAGAAGCAAAAGACGAAACAAAACACUGCAAAAUGGCCAGCAACAACAACGGGAAUGGGGGGAAUAACUGAAGAAAAGUAAAGCUGUUAAUAAGUAAAAACACACUCACACACACACACACACUGAAGCAGUACAAAAACGAACGCUGCAAAACCCGGGGACACAGAAAAACCUGCGUUAGCAGAGGGGAAUAAAACGCUGCGAACAUGAGCGAAUAGAAGAAGAAGCAGAAGAAGCGAAAGCAACACGGUACAAGAUAAAGAAAAAUACAAAUAACAGUGGACAACAGCAAAAACAAAAAAAUACAAAUACAUUUUAUAGCUCAAUAAGUAAAACGGGAAACAGUUGAGAACGAAGAGGCGAGAGAAAGAAAAUUGACAAACAAAUGCGAGCCUCAAAACCAUUUGAACGUUUAACUCGGUGAUGCAAACGGAUACAAAGAAAACGAAACAAAAACCAUGAUAUAUACAUAUAUACACAUAUUUACAAAAUUAAAAUUGCGAAAGGAGAAUUGUGUGUGCGUGCGUGCGUGCGUGCGUGGUUGUUUCUUUGGAAUAUCUUUUAGUUAGGAGAAGAGUAGUAGAGAACAAGGACUCCACCCAGUACAUAGUUUUCGAGUCCGCAAGCAAGUGGAUGAUGAUGGUGUGCGUGUGUGUAAUACAGAACAAUAGUUGUUAUAAAACUAAGUCUCUUAUCCGCUUAACACAGAAUACGACUCAUACGGUGAUCCUUUUUUGUACGACUCUUAGCAACUGUCCGGACCAACUGGACCGGAAAACGGUUCUGUCCUCUGUAUCUCUUCCGGCAUUAUGGUGGUAACGCAAGUCUCUUUCCAUUUAUCCCUUAACGAACACACAGACUCAACCACACAUAUUAGCAAGGAUAGGCUAAGAAUGAAAGGGGGGGAGGGGGGCGUGUAGAGGUGGCCGAUGUUAAUAAAUGCGCAUACAUACAUAAGUAAAUACGAGAAGGAACGCUUUAAAAGGAUCCACGAUUCACACAUUAUAUAUAUAUACACCUAUACACUUAUAUCGAGAAAGAGGUACACACAUAAACGAAUAAGCGAAACAAGACACAACAAACACACACACAGUUUUUAGUGUCCCCCCAAGCAUUAGGGCGUAUGGGUUGUUUUGGUAGCUCUUUAAAACGGCAAUAACAGCAUAUUAUCUUUACUAUUAUGAUCAUUAUGCCCCAUACUACCAGAGUUAGGUUUUCAGAGUGCGCACCCACACACACACACACACGAAGCCGCGGAAAAAGUUGAUUGGGGUGAAGCUAAGCGGAAGUUCUGGCCAAACGCCCUCGGCGAUACCUGGCAGGACGGACGAACGAACGGAGGCGGUGCUUCGAUUCGAUGUUCUCUAAGAACGGGUUUUGUUAGUUAAAAAGCGAGCGUGCUGAGCAAGGAGGGAUUUUGUAAAAAAGCAAAGGAUGGAGCAGGUAUGAACGAUGAUAAUACAAAUAGUAAGAGUAAAAGCGGAUUAUUACAUUAGGUAUGUACCGCUAGAAGAGCUAGAGCAGCAAAAAGAUACACAACGGUUCUAUACGACGGAAUAAAAACCCCGGAUCCGGUUGGUGUGCGUGUGUGUGUGUGAUAUCAUAUUGAACGAGAA